AUGACUUCAGCCCUCCUCCCUGGUUCAGGCAGCAAGUGGUACAAGCAGCACCUCUCCUACCGCCUGGUGAACUGGCCACGGCACCUCCCGGAGCCGGCCGUUCGUGGGGCCGUGCGCGCCGCCUUCCAACUGUGGAGCAAUGUCUCGGCGCUGGAAUUCUGGGAGGCCCCAGCCACAGUCCCCGCUGACAUCCGCCUCACCUUCUUCCAAGGGGACCACAACGACGGGCUGGGCAACGCCUUUGAUGGCCCAGGGGGCGCCCUGGCGCACGCCUUCCUGCCCCGCCGGGGCGAAGCGCACUUCGACCGCGACGAGCGCUGGUCCCUGAGCCGCCGCCGCGGGCGCAACCUGUUCGUGGUGCUGGCGCACGAGAUCGGCCACACGCUCGGCCUGCCGCACUCGCCGGCGCCGCGCGCGCUCAUGGCGCCCUACUACAAGAGGCUGGGCCGCGACGCGCUGCUCAGCUGGGACGACGUGCUGGCCGUUCAGAGCCUCGUGAGCCGCUGCACGUGCCCAGUUCAGUUCUCCAUGGUUAAAGUGUCUGAGGGGAAGUACCGCGUGGGGGAUUCCAACACCCUCAUCUUCAUCCGGAUCCUCCGGAACCACGUGAUGGUGCGCGUGGGGGGCGGCUGGGACACCCUCAGCCAUUAUCUGGACAAACAUGACCCCUGCCGGUGCACGUCCCUCUCACACAAGGCGGGCAGUUUCCAGAAGCCCCCUGCCCCACCGGUGCAGCAUGAGGUGAGGGUGCAGGAUGGGCCCUCGCAGCCCCAACCAACGAUGACUAUCAGCCGUUCCCAGAGCCCGCUGCCCCCCGUGGACUGGAAGACAUAUACCUCUUCAGGCCGGAAGCUGAGGCCCCCCACCUCCUCCACCCCUAGAACCCACAGUAAAUGGGGAACAGAGGCGGGAGUGCCCAGAGAGACAGCAUCAUUCCUGAGGCACCAGGAGAAGUCACCCACCCCGUCUUGGAGGCAGCUGCCAGUGGGGGACAGCCCACUCAGCCCCCACUCCUCAUCCCCCCAUAGGGGCCGAGACCCACGGUGCACCUCCUCAGGGAAGAGGGAGGAGAGAUACUCCUCUGAACAUCCCAGAGGAAGGACUCCCACAUCUUGGAUUCAUGAGGAGACAGACAGCCAGGGAGCUCAUGCUAGGGCCCCCACCUCCCAGAGAUUCCGAGCCCCCGAAGCCACCGCCAAAAGGACACCAGCAAGAGGACUAUCUCCGCCGCCUCAUUCCUCCAGCCCAGCGAAGCCCAUGGGCCUCAGGCCACCACCCAGGGGUGAGGCUGAGGGUUCUUCUUCCCAGCUCAGGGAGCCAGCAGCUGUCCGCUCUCUGUCCCCUGUUAAAGGGCCCGCCAAGAUCCCUGUCUGGCUGCCCCCUGCCUGCCCCCCCACUCCAGGAAGCAGCUUUCCAGGUAUUGCAGGCGGAGGUCCCAUGACAGAAUUGGGGUGUGGCCCCCUCCCAAGGGCUGUCCCUGGGGACCUGGCUGGGUGCAGACAUGGGGACUUCUCUGCGGAUGCGAGACAAGGGGACCAGAAGUUGGACAUCCAGGUGACAGCAAAAGCUGGGGGACCCUGGGGCCUGGGCCCACAGGAGUGGGAGGAGCGAUAUCCUCCCCUGCCCCUGGGUGCAACCAAGGAUCAAGCUAUCUACCAUAGUCUUGAGGAGGAGCUUUUGGCCAACAUGAAGCUGCUAGAGGUGGGGGGUGCCUGCCCCCAGGGCACAGGGUCUGGAGUCAUCCCUCGAAGUGGAGUCUACGUCCCCAGCCUAGGUGGGCGGUGGCCUGAGCCUGGGGGUCCUUAUGACAAAGUCAUCCAAGAACUGGCUCAGGGACCCCCACCUCUCCUUAAAGUGGACCUGGGAGCCUGGAAGGCAGCCUCUACAGGCUCGCCUAAGCUAUCUGUUACCACUGGACCAGGAAGCCCAAAAGGGAAACCGGGAGUCAGAGAGAGUGGGCCAAAGGUAAAGGCAAGCCUGAGUGCCAAGGGUACCGGGAUGAAGAAGGGACCAGCUCAAGGAAGGCAGGACUGCUCAGCCCCCACUGUGUCUGCCAGCCUGGAAGCCCCCACACCUUCACCCUCAGACCCCAAUUCUGACAAAACCCAGGCAUGUCCAGGCAAGGCCAAGAGAACACUCCGAAAGCCCCAGAGAGUCCCAUCCAUCUACAAGCUGAAGCUGAGGCCCAGAAUCCGGCCCCGGAGAGACCACAGACCUGGGAAGCAGCCUUCACGAAUCCCCAGGCCACUGGCCUACCUCCACCUGGGUUCAGCCAGGGCACCCUCAAGGGGCAGGCUGGUGAGAGCACUGGGCAGAAAGGGAGUGGGGGCAACCCUGGUGGAUGGAGCCUCAGCAGGGAAGGAGGAGGAAGGAAAGAAGAGGGAAGAACCAACUGCCCCACUGAAGAGCAGCCCCCAGCCUUUGGAGGGCAUAGGUCUCCAGCAGCUUGAUCAAGCCCCACUCCCACCAGAGGACGAGUCCUGGGUCUGAGGAGGAGCCUUCCCAGCCUUGAGCUUGUGAGUCCGGGGGAGAAGGGAGGUGAAAAAGAUGCCAUGUAUCCACUGGACUCUCAGCUGCAGGAACAGAGGGGCCUUGGCAGGGGAGAGGGUGUGGGUGGGGUCAGAAGACAAAUAUAGGUUCAAUCUGCUUGUUGGGCAAAGGGGCAACCCCUCACUCCCACUCCCGGGGCACCGGGGCCACCCUAUGUCUUCUUGCUUCCCCCCAGAACAGCUCCCCAAACUCCUGGCCUCUGGCUAUGGCCACCAUUUCCACAACUCUUGUAAGUUAUUAAACACUUGUAGGUGUGUUUCAGAG